CCUGCAGCGUCCCCGGCCAUCUCCUCCGGCCGAUGCCGACAUCUGUCUUCCGGGUUCCGUUCCCUGCGACGUCAGGAUGUAACCAGCAGAAAAUUUAAAAAUGUCAAAAAAUCACAUAGGAUAACAUUACUGUAUCAAAACAUUUCACAUACAUUUUGUCCCUAGUGCUUUGUCCUGUGCCCUGCCUGCAUUUGUUACUGUUCUUUCAGCCUGGAAACUGAGAAAUGUCCAUGGUGUCCAAAAAGCGUCCCUUUAGGUCAAAAGCGGUUUUAGACCAGCUAGAGAACAGCGAUAGUAAAUUAUAACCACUUGCAGAAUUGA